AUGCCCUCAUAUACUAAGUUCCUGAAAGAAAUUUUGUCAAACAAGAGGAGACUAGAAGAUUAUGAAACUGUGGCAUUAACAAAGGAGUGUAGUUCUUUCUUACAGAAUAAGCUCCCACCGAAGUUGAAAAAUCCAGGAAGUUUCUCUAUUCCUUGUCAUAUUGGGGACACUAGCAUUGAUAAAUCAUUGUGUGAUCUUGGAGCUAGUGUAAGUUUGGUGCCACUCUCCAUUUGUGAAAAGUCAAAGGUUGGAGAAUUGAAGCCAACAACCAUUUCUUUGCAACUAGUUGAUAGAUCUAUCAAAUAUCCAGUAGGAAUUUUAAAAAAUGUACCCUUAAAAGUUGGGAAAUUUUUCAUUCCUGUGGAUUUUAUGGUUCUUGAAAUGGAAGAGGAUAUUCACAUACCUAUCAUUUUAGGAAGGCUAUUCUUAGCCACAGCAGGGGCUAUAGUUGAUGUGAAGAAUGGUAGAUUGACAUUAAAAGUUGGAGAAGAGGAGGUGGAAUUUAAUUUGAAUCAAGCUUUGAAGAAACAUCAUGAAGUUGACUCUUGUUUAAGGGUGGAUGUUAUUGAUGAGAUUGUGGAAGAAGAAUUUAGGAAAAAAUAUCCUGAGGACUCUUUGGAGAAUUAUUUGGUACAUAGUAGAACAAUAAAGGAUGAAAAUCCUAAAGUUGCAGCUUUUGCUUAA